AUGAGAUAUUUAUGGGGUUCAGACCUGCGGGACAUAUGGGUGUUGGAAAAUAGCAAUACUGUUUGUAGGACGUGCCGGAAACCGAUAUUGGGUGCCGCUUUUUGUUACUGGCCUACAGUCAUGUACUUUCACAUAUCAUGCCCCAAUAAUGUACUCACAAAUCACAAAGCCCUUUGGUUACACUUCAGCACACAUGGUCCCUUCAUCUUCACAGAAGAAGUGAAAAAUGAUGGCAAGGAGGACGUAAACGAUGUUGUUUGCUUCGGCUGUGAGAAGCCAGUAUCUGGUGCCGGAUACAAAUGCUCCACCUCCGAUUGUAAUUUACUCCUCCAUAAAUCAUGCCUUGAGCUGCCUCCCCAAAUACAACAACACCCCUUCCAUCACCCAAACCACACCCUUUCUCUUGUUGAGCCACAGAAAAAACUUUGUAAUGCUUGCGGUAAAAACUGCAAUGCAUACCCCUUCUACCAUUGCAAUGAGUGUGAUUUCAAUCUUGAUAUCACAUGUGCUACUGCCCGCUUGCAAAUUGAUAUAAAUACUGAUGACUGCCAACACACAUUCAUCUCUUUCUUUAAUCAAAUCCAGUUCACUUGCCAAGCUUGUGGCGAGGAAGGCAAGGAGUUCGCCUCAGAAUGUAGUGUUUGUCAACUCUUGAUUCAUAGAAAAUGUGCUGGAUUUUCACGCAUCAUCGGAAUUUUAAGUCAUAAUCACCCCCUCACUCUCACCUACUCUCUUCGUCAAGUCAAAGAGGACAACAAUAUAUUUUGUAAUCUCUGCUAUCAAAAGGUGAAGACAGAAUAUGGAGCCUAUUAUUGUAAGGAAUGUAGUUACGUGACCCACUUGGCAUGUGCAUUUAAAUGUGAAGAUGAUGCAGGUUUCAAGUUGCUGCGUGAGGGAUUAGAAACAAAUGUUAUGGAGGUUGAAGGAGCUGAGCAUAUACAACAUUUUAGCCAUCAACAUGGUUUAAUUCUUAGCAACGAAGGGCUCAUGGAUGAUAGGCUUUGUGAUGGUUGUACAAGACUAAUCUCCACCCCGUUUUACAGCUGUACACAAUGUGACUUCUUUCUCCACAGUAAAUGUGCUCAACUACCACACUAUAAGCAACAUCCACUUCAUCCACACGUGCUCAAACUCAUAAUUUACGGUCAUAGACAAUUCCAAUGUACGGCUUGUAAACGUUGCAUGAGUGGCUUCGGCUAUAAUUGUCCAUCGUGUGGUUUCUUGUUUGACCUUCAAUGUUGUUCAAUUCCGGAAACCUUGAAACAUGAAGGUCACCAACACCCUCUCUUCCUUGCUGUUGAUUCUAAUAGAAUAUGUUCUGUUUGUAAUUUCACUUCUUACAACAAACCCUGUGUGCUUGUAUGCACGCAUUGCGAUUUCUCCUUGGGUUUCGAAUGUGCAACUCUUCCGCUUGUAGCUAGGCACAAAGAUGACGAUCAUCUCCUCAAGCUCACCUACAGUGCUGAAGCUCAUUGUGCAGAAUACUAUUGUCUAAUUUGCGAAAAAGAAAGAGAUCCCAAACGAUGGUUCUAUUAUUGUGCCCAAUGCGACUUCCCUGCUGAUUCCCAAUGUGUUUUAGGUGAUAUUGAUACAUUUAGUGAAGAAUAA